AGGGUAAAGCACUUCUUCGGGAACUCACCAUAGAUUCCCCAGACUGGGAUGCUCCCCUAUCCCCAGAAAAGGAGAAGUUGUGGGAGAGCUGGAGAAACACUCUUAAAGAGUUGGAGCAUUUUAAGAUUCCUAGAUUGUACACACAUGUGCCACCAUCUGCUGCUAAGCGCACAGAACUAUGURUGUUCUCAGAUGCCUCGGAGAGAGCAGUGGCAGCAGCUGCUUAUUUAAAGACUGUGGAUGGACAUGGAAAAUGCUAUACAGGUUUGAUAGCAAGUAAGGURAGACUUGCUCCACGGCCUGGAUAUACUAUACCCAGACUGGAACUUUGUGCCGCAGUUAUGGCAGUGAAUUUGUCGGAAACCAUUGUGUCUGAAACUGACAUCCAUUUCACAACGAUCACUUUCUAUUCAGACAGGAAAGUUGUUCUGGGUUACAUUUACAAUGAGAAAAGGAGAUUUCAUGUGUUUGUUCACAACCGAGUCCACAGAAUCAGACGCAGMACACUGCCACAGCAAUGGCAGUAUGUGCACACGGAGCACAACCCUGCAGACAUUGCAACACGACCUGUCCCAGUAGAACUUUUAAGAAAUACAAUAUGGUUCACUGGUCCAGCCUUUUUGUCCAAACCAUCUGCAGGUUUUUGGAUCCUCGGUUGCAAACRGUGUGUGAGUAAGCUCAUCUUUGAGUGCAUCACAUGUAAAAGGCUCAGAGGAAGGUGUGAAGUUCAAAAAAAUGGCAGAUCUCCCAGCCGACAGGCUCAGCAUUGAACCGCCAUUUUCGAAUAUUGGCCUAGAUGUUUUUGGCCCMUGGCCUGUAACUGCCCGACGUACAAGAGGAGGUUAUGCGGAGASCAAAAGAUGGGCUAUUCUAUUCACCUGUUUAAGUGUUAGAGCCAUCCAUAUCGAGGUCAUUGAAUCUCUGGAYACCUCCAGUUUCAUAAAUGGAUUGAGAAGGUUCCUGGCAAUUCGUGGACCAGUGAAGUACAUCAGCUCUGAUAGAGGAACUAAUUUCAUUGGAGCCUCAAAGGUCCUAGGAAUACCAUCAAACAUUGAUGGGGAAUCUGUGAAGAGAUUUCUUUCAGAUCAUGACUGUACUUGGACCUUCAACAGCCCACACUCUUCCCAUAUGGGUGGAGUGUGGGAACGGAUGAUUGGACGCCGCAUUUUGGACUCAAUGUUUCUUCAGAUGGGGUCUUCCAAACUCACKCACGAGGUGCUCGUAACCUUYAUGGCAGAGGUCACCGCCAUUGUGAACAACAGACCAUUGAUUCCUGUCUCCAAUGACCCUAUGGAUCCAUUCAUUCUUACACCGGCAACAUUGUUAACGCAGAAAGUGGGUCUUUGUCCGGCACCUGUAGGAGACUUUGACGACAAAGACUUGUCCCGACAACAGUGGCGCAGAGUCCAAAGUCUGUCAGACACAUUCUGGGACAGAUGGCGCAAGCAGUAUUUAUCUACUCUACAACCUCGCAAAAAGUGGACAUCUGUACACAGAAGCUUAAAACCAGGAGAUGUUGUACUCCUGAGAGACAAUGCAGUGAAACGCAAUGUCUGGCCUAUGGGCAUCAUUGCUGAGGUGUACCCCAGUAAAGAUGGACUUGUUCGGAAGGUUCAGGUUAGAGUGGCAAAAGCAGAUGGCGUAAAGUUGUUCUUACGACCUGCAAGUGAAGUAGUUUUGCUUAUUUCUUCUGCAGAGUAAUGUU